GCAUGCUACGCGUGUAGAGUCCGGGAACUUUGCUACGAAACUUCGCCAAGUAAGUCUUCCCGUUUUUAAUUCAUUUCUUACGUUGCUACAGAAUGCUGUACUCAUCCCUUGUAAUAAUCCUCGUGAUCGGUGCGGUGACAUGCUCGCCUGAGCGCGUCCAGAAUGAAAACGACCAGAACCAUGAGCACGACGCACAUGAGGAGGGCCAUGUUGCCCCAUUGGAGAAGAGAUCGCCUCACUAUGAUUUUGGAUUGGGCAAACGGGCGUACAGUUAUGUGUCGGAAUAUAAAAGGCUGCCUGUGUACAACUUUGGCUUGGGAAAAAGGUCGCGACCAUACUCCUUCGGGCUUGGAAAGAGAUCCGUAGACGAAGACACUGAUUUGGAUUUCACUAAUGAUAUUGACCAGGCAACCCAACCAGAAGUCUUUGAAUAUGACGAAGCGCCAGAGUAUGAAGUAAAAAGAGCUCGACCCUACAGUUUCGGUCUCGGCAAACGUUUCGUAGAAGAUGAAGAAGAGGAAAAGAGAGCCAGAAUGUACGACUUCGGUCUGGGCAAGCGGCCGCAUUUAUACAGUUUCGGCCUCGGCAAACGGGCUAGGAGCUACAAUUUUGGCCUUGGUAAGCGUUUGAGCAGCAAAUUUAACUUUGGGCUUGGAAAACGCGAGAGGGACAUGCACAGAUUUGGUUUUGGACUCGGCAAGCGAUCACAGAACUCUGAGGACAGCGAAUACUUGGACGUUUAAAGAUUUAAUACUGGUGGUGUCUCAUUCUUCAUUUAUUACUUUCGACAAGACAAGCAUCCUUCACAGUCAAGAAUUAAUCAUAAACAUAUAAAUUAAUAACGCUACUAUAUGUAUGAUUAUGUACUUUCAUAUGUACAUUUGUUACCGACUUAUCAGAUAUAUUACUAUUGUUUUAAUCGAAUUUAGUUGCGAAAACCCCAGCCUAGUUUCGUAAUUGAAUUCCUUCAUUAACCACGUGUUUGUUGUCAUUUCAAUUUUCUAUUUGACUUAUUGAUAAACCUUAAUUUUUGUAAUAUAAGUUGUUGUAGUGAUAGAUUCUGUAAAAUAAUGUUAAUCGAUAUGCUUGUAAUUUACUGUUUCUACGAAUUUUACGGUAUCCCAUUUUGAGGAAUUUCGUUUAGCAAAAUUAAUUACCAAGACAGUAGCUCAUGGUGCCAAAAUGAUUUUCCUUUUUAAAACCGUUUAUGAAUUGUUUUAUUACUGAUAUCUUAAGUAAAUACAUACAUUUCCGAACAGUAUUGUAGCGUCUAAUCUAGUCAAUUGUCAUAACAAUUCGUGGAUUCAUGAAAACUAAGUAUAGUGACUAAGCUGUUUUGAUUAUAAAUGUACAUUAAAGUAUAAAAAUCUUAGAU